UUUUGUUUCUUCUACUCCUUGCUACAAAUCUCCAGCCCACUAAACAAGCUGCUGAGAGCUUAACUUCCUGCAUUUUUAACGUCGUUCAUCAAAGACACCAACAUCUACUUUCCCAUCUUUCAUGUCCACUAAGCUAGCAGGCACGUCCUUGUUGCAGAAGCCUUGAGGUGGACCCAUUAAUCUGAAGCCCUUACCGAUUUGUCAUUUGUAUCAACACCCACUAAUCAGACAAACACAACCCUAGGAUCCAAGAAUCAAUGCCCACUUCAAUAAAAACACGACUAUGCUUGAAACUUGAAAGGUAUAUGAUUUUGAUCCGCGGGAAAUGCUUUAAUGCCCGUAUUCUGUAAAAGGGCGUUCAAACUUGUGUCCUUAUAAACACUCAUGUUAUCCUAACCCUCCAAGCAAAACCUAUUUGGGUCCAGUUCGAUCAGAUGAUUAUGAUCAGUAGAUAAAAUUGUUAUCUACCUAAGCCUGAUGUUAUGAAGUUUGGAAUUUUUAUUGGACUAGCACUUGCAAAUUCGCGAAGAACGACGCACAGAACUAUUUUCUAAUCCGGCGGCCGUAUAUCGAUGCUGCAACUGCAAGCACACAGUGGCCGGCACCUGUUUUUCUUCAAAUUUACAGUUGCUAUCCUUUUCCAGUUUUGCUAUUUGCCUGGUUUUAACUGUCCCUAAUCCUCUGGGAAACUGUGGAAACAUGUUAAGACCCAAGAUUCUGACUUGUGAAUCCUUAUGGAGACAGGUUGACCACUAGGUAGUGGUGGUUGCUGUAGCUCUAGCAUGACAAUGAUGGAAUUCUACUUAUCGGGAACUUCGCUUCGUGCAUAUGAGAAAGUUUGCUCCUUGUAUGGUCCUUCCAUAAACCUAACGAUGAUGAAGCUGGUGUGGGGAUUUCCAUAGUUGGAUAUGACUGAAUUUUUGUAUAAAUGCGAGUUUCUAACUAGGUUAGCUAUUCUGCCUGUCUUGUUACCUCUAUUCGCCAUUGCGGAAUUUGGAUGUCCUUGUCGCAUACAAAGUGGCCUGAUGGGUUGAUGAUGGGGUUUGGGAGAAAUGGGCAAUGGGGUUUUUUUGAAUUGUGUCUGUAUCGAUGAGUUGAGUGUAAAGAUUUUUCUAUCUACAAUACCUUCAUGAUAGCCAGAGUAGGCCUCCUGGUUGCUGCUUCGAUUGCGGCCUUUGCAGUUAGGCAGCUCAAUGACAAAACCACUAGAUCGUCGACCUCAGCAGUCAAGCGUUCAGAAAGUGGUGAAGCCAGUUUUGAACAACAUCAGCACGAGGGGAGAGACGAAGACCAGGAUAGAUCUUCUACUGAUAGACUCGAAGAGAAGGACGGGGAGGAAGAGGAGGAAGAAGAGGGUGAAUUGAUUAUCAGCGUAUUUAACAGAACUCAUGGCAAUCCUCUUGAUAUUUAUGAUGAAGAGAUUUUGCCUGAAUUUGAAGAGCUUUUAUCUGGGGAUAUUGAAUAUCCAUUUCCUGGUAGCAAGAUUGAUGACGCCGAGAAAGGAAAAGUAUAUGAAAUUGAAAUGGAAAAUAAUCCAAGCGAAUUGGAACGGUUACGGAAGCUAGUUAAGGAAUUAGAGGAGAGGGAAGUAAAUUUUGAGGGUGAAUUGCUCGAAUACUAUGGAUUGAAGGAGCAGGAAUCAGAUAUUCUUGAGUUACAAAGGCAACUCAAGAUCAAGACAGUAGAAAUUGGCACGCUCAAUAUCACUAUCAAUUCUUUGCAAGCUGAGAGGAAAAAGCUUCAAGAAGAGACUGCACAGAGAGCUUCAGCAAAGAAGGAGCUGGAUGUGGCAAGGAACAAGAUCAAGGAUCUGCAAAGGCAGAUUCAGCUUGAAGCUAACCAGAUGAAAGUUCAGUUGUCGUUGCUUAAGCAACAAGUUUCUGGUUUGCAGGCAAAAGAGGAAGAAGCUGUCAAGAAAGAUUCUGAAAUUGAAAAGAAGCUGAAAGCUGUGAAGGAAUUAGAGGUCGAAGUUGUGGAGCUUAAGCGGAAAAACAUAGAACUUCAACAUGAAAAACGGGAGUUGACUGUAAAACUUGAUGCUGCAGAGGCCAAAAUAGCAGCCCUCUCCAAUAUGACGGAGAGUGAAAGGGUUGCCAAGACAAGAGAGGUCAAUAAUCUAAGGCGUGCAAAUGAGGACCUGUUAAAGCAACUGGAAGGACUUCAGAUGAACAGAUUUGGUGAAGUUGAAGAGCUAGUGUACCUUCGUUGGGUCAAUGCAUGCUUGAGAUAUGAGCUCUGGAACUAUCAGGCACCAGCAGGAAAAAUAUCAGCUCGUGAUCUCAACAAGAGUCUGAGCCCCAAAUCUCGAGAGAAGGCUAAACAGAUGAUGUUAGAGUAUUCAGUAUCAGAACUUGGACAAGGGGACACAGAUCUAGAAAGCAACUUUUCCCAUCCAUCCUCUCCCAGAAGUGAGGACUUUGGAAAUUCUUCUAUCGAUAGUUCCAAUAAUGGAUAUAGCAGUCUCAGUAAGAAACCUAGCUUAAUCCAAAAGUUAAAGAAAUGGGGCAAAAGCAAAGAUGAUUCGAAUGCUCUUUCACUGUCAGCCAGAUCUCUCUCUGGAGGUUCCCCAAGCUGGGAAAGCAUGAGCCAGAGACCAAGGGGUCCAUUGGAAUCCCCAAUGCUAAGUAAUGCAGGUGACGGCAUAGCUAUCACAACCUUUGGCAAGAUGGAGAAGAAACCUACUGAGUCUCCUGAAACUCCAACUCUCCCAAAUAUUAGAACACGGCCUUCAUCAAAUGACUCACUGAAUACUGUUGCAACUUCAUUCCACUUGAUGUCUAAAUCAGUUGAAGGAGUUCUAGAUGAGAAAUAUCCUCCAUAUAAAGACAGGCAUAAGUUGGUCUUAGAGAGGGAGAAGCAAAUUAAAGAAAGGGCCGAGCAAGCAGGAGCAGAAAAAUUUGGUGACAAGUCAAAUUUGAAUCUACAUGAGCCUACGACCAAGGUAAAAGGAGAGACCACUGUAACUUCGCCGCCAAAACUUGCUAAAACAAAGGAGAAGGUGGUUGUAGCUGGUGAUUCAAGCGACCAAUCCAAUGAUGGUAAGACUGAUUCUCGAACAGUAAGCAAGAUGAAACUUGCUGACAUAGAGAAAUGGCCUCCUAGGGUGCCUCAGCCACCUCCCAAGCCAUUUGGAGGUUCUUCUGCCAGCACAAAUCCAAAUCCUCCGGGCGAACUACCAACUGCGGUGCCUCUACCAACACCUCCACCUGGUGUCCCACCUCUGCUGCCACCACCACCUGGUGGACCACCUAGGCCACCUCCUCCACCUGGAAAUCUACCAAGUGGGGGAGGGACUUGUGAUAAGGUUCACCAGGCUCCUGGACGGGUUGAAUUUUAUCAGACACUGAUGAAACAAGAGGCAAAGAAGGACACACCAUCAUUAUUUUCUUCAACAUAUAAUACAUCAGAUGCCAGGAGCAACGUGAUUGGGGAGAUCGAGAACAGAUCAUCAUUCCUCUUAGCUGUGAAAGCUGAUGUGAAAAAUCAAGGUGAUUUUGUCAUUUCAUUGGCAACUGAUGUCCGAGCGGCUUCCUUUACCAACAUGGAUGAUCUUGUGGCUUUUGUAAACUGGCUUGACGAAGAACUCUCUUUCUUGGUUGACGAACGGGCAGUCCUCAAGCACUUUGAUUGGCCUGAGGGGAAAGCCGAUGCAUUAAGAGAGGCAGCUUUUGAAUACCAGGACCUGAUGAAACUAGAGAAGCAAGUCUCCCCUUUUGUCGAUGAUCCCAAGCUUUCAUGUGAUGAUGCUCUGAAGAAGAUGUAUUCAUUGCUAGAGAAAAUGGAAAAUAGUGUAUAUGUUCUUUUACGUACAAGGGACGUGGCUAUUUCACGAUACAGGGAGUUUGGAAUUCCGGUUGAUUGGUUGUUAGAUUCCGGAGUUGUUGGCAAGAUAAAGCUCUCAUCUGUUCAAUUGGCAAGGAAGUACAUGAAACAUGUAGUAUCAGAACUUGAUGCAUUGAACGAACCUGAGAAUGAGCCAAACAGAGAGUUUUUGGUUCUACAAGGCGUGCAUUUUGCUUUGUGUGUUCAUCAGUUUGCGGGAGGUUUUGAUGCAGAAAGCAUGAAGGCUUUUGAAGAACUCAGAAGCCGUAUCCAUACAAGUGGGAGAAAGCAUUAAGCAGGAAACAUGAGUAUUUUUCUCUUUCCAUUUGAAUUCUCUCCUUUUAUUUUCUUUUUCCAUGUGCUAAAAAUGUUAUAUAUAUUGGACAUUGUACAACAACAUUAACCAGUCCAAUUGAAGACACAAAAAAGAACCAUCUUAUAACUUCGAUCUAUAUGCUUACUAACGGGCAUCAAAGGAGCAAUAAAACAAUGCCAUCACAAUUGUGCUUGGUUUAUAAAUUAA